GCCGAGCGCUCAGCAUCCGCGGCGCGGACUGUCGGGCCCGCAGAGCAUGGCGCCGAGGUGGCCUUGGCUGCGGCCGCGGUCGCGGUCGCGGAGCCUCCUGGACGUGCUCGCCGCGCUGGUCCUGCUGCUCGGAGUGCGCGCGGCCUCCGCGGAGCCAGAAACUCUGGGCGCGGAGGUGAGGCUCCUGCAGCUGCUCGGAGAGCCCCCGCCCCAGCAGGUGACCCAGGUGGAGGACCCCGACGUGGGGCCGGCCUUCGUCUUCGGCCCGGAUGCCAACAGCGGCCAGGCCGCCCGCUACCACUUCCCCGGCCGGUUCUUCCGCGACUUCUCGCUGCACUUCCACGUCCGGCCCGCCACCGAGGACGCGGGGGUGCUGUUCGCCGUGACGGACGCGGCGCAGGCGGUGGUCUCCGUGGGCGUGAAGCUGUCGGGCGUGCGCGACGGGCACCAGCAGAUCCAGCUGCUGUACACGGAGCCGGGGGCCGCGCGGACCCACACGGCCGCCAGCUUCCGCCUGCCCGCCUUCACCGGCCAGUGGACGCGCUUUGCCCUCAGUGUGGACGGCGCGACCGCGGCGCUGUUCGUGGACUGCGAGUUGUUCCAGCGGGUGCCAUUGGCGCGCUCCCCGCGGGGCCUGGAGCUGGAGCCCGGCGCUGGCCUCUUCGUGGCCCAGGCCGGAGGAGCGGACCCUGAUAAGUUCCAGGGGGCGAUCGCAGAGCUGAGGGUGCGCAGGGACCCCCAUGUGAGCUCCCUGCACUGUCUGGAGGAGGACGAUGAGGACAGCGGCGGGGCGUCCGGAGACUUCGGGAGCGGGCUGGAGGAGACCCGGGAGCCCCUCAGGGAGCCGUCGGGUCCGUCGUCCAAACCCAGCCUCCCUGAGGCUCCCCCGGUCACUUCUCCACCCUUGGCUGCGGGCGGGAAUGAGGAAGAUUCCAGAACCGAAGAAAUUGAGGAAGAAACCACGGUGUCUGCGUUGGCAGCUCGGACCCUCCCCAGCUUGGAUAUGGUCACCGCAGGGAGCGUUUGGAGCCUCGGGGGCGGCCUGGAUGAGGGUCCUGCUGUGCGGAGCCCUGAGGCACCGCCUGUACCCGGGCCGCAGGGCCCCCCUGGCCCCCCAGGGCCACCAGGGAAGGAUGGCAUCCCCGGAAGGGACGGCGAGCCAGGGGAUCCUGGUGAAGACGGGAGAGCGGGCGACCCUGGGCCACAGGGCUUUCCCGGGACCCCGGGAGACGCGGGCCCCAAGGGCGAGAAGGGGGACCCCGGGGUCGGGCCGAGAGGACCUCCAGGACCCCAAGGGCCUCCAGGGCCACCAGGACCCUCCUUCAGGCAUGACAAGCUGACCUUCAUCGACAUGGAGGGGUCCGGGUUCGGCGGAGACCUGGAGAGCCUCCGGGGCCCCAGAGGCUUCCCCGGCCCCCCGGGGCCCCCAGGCGUCCCAGGCCUGCCCGGAGAGCCAGGCCGCUUCGGGAUGAACAGCUCAGACGUGCCAGGACCCGCCGGCCUCCCUGGUGUGCCCGGGCGGGACGGGCCCCCUGGGCUUCCUGGCACCCCGGGACCGCCAGGCCCUCCAGGAAGAGACGGGGGAUCAGGGAAGACGGGCCAGAAAGGCAGCCCCGGCGACGCGGGCGCCCCGGGACCUAAGGGAGACAAGGGUGACCCCGGCCCCGCUGGCGCUCCUGGGGAGAAUGGCUUGGCAGGAGCCCCCGGACCAGCCGGAUCACCAGGGCCCCCCGGCCCCCCCGGGCCACCAGGACCAGGACUCACCACAGGGUUUGAUGACAUGGAAGGCUCCGGGGUACCCUUCUGGCCGACGGCUCAAGGAGCCAGCGGGCCGCAGGGACCCGCCGGCCCACCCGGGGUCAAGGGGGAUCCCGGGGUAACCGGACCGCCGGGUGCCAAGGGAGAAGUCGGGGCUGAUGGACCUCCUGGGUUCCCCGGCCUCCCUGGCAGAGAGGGCACAGCUGGAGCCCAGGGACCCAAAGGAGAAAAAGGGACCCAGGGAGAGAAAGGCGACCCAGGGAGGGAUGGAGUGGGACAGCCCGGCCUCCCCGGACCCCCCGGACCCCCAGGGCCUGUCGUCUACAUGUCGGAGCAGGAUAGAGCGCUGGCCGGCGUGCCUGGACCCGAGGGCCGGCCGGGGUUCGCUGGCUUUCCCGGACCGGCUGGGCCAAAGGGAGAUCUGGGCUCAAAAGGCCAGCAGGGCCUCCCGGGACCCAAGGGUGAGAAGGGCGAGCCCGGCCCGGUCUUCAGCCCCGAUGGCAGCAUGCUGGCACCAGGCCAGAAAGGGGCCAAGGGAGAGCCCGGCUUCCGAGGACCCCCGGGUCCCUACGGACGGCCGGGGCACAAGGGAGAGAUUGGCUUCCCUGGGCGGCCGGGUCGCCCCGGGAUGAACGGAUUGAAGGGGGAGAAGGGGGAGCCAGGACACGCCAGCGUCGGCUUCGGUGUGAGGGGUCCACCCGGUCCCCCCGGGCCUCCGGGGCCCCCAGGGCCUCCUGGGGUUCCCAUUUAUGACAGCAACGCCUUUACGGAGUCCGGCCGCCCUGGAGCCCCAGGAUUGCCAGGGCUCCAGGGGCCUUCUGGACCCAAGGGUGACAAAGGAGAUGUGGGCCCUCCAGGACCACCAGGGCAGUUCCCGUUGGACCUGCUCCCGCUGGAGGCUGAAAUGAAGGGGGAGAAGGGGGACCGAGGGGACCCUGGGCCGAAGGGCGAACGGGGUGAGCCCGGGGGUGGUGGAUUCUUCAGCUCAAGUGUGCCUGGACCCCCCGGCCCACCAGGCUACCCUGGGAUUCCGGGUCCCAAGGGAGAGAGCAUUCGGGGCCAGCCUGGCCCACCUGGACCUCAGGGACCCCCUGGCAUCGGCCAUGAGGGGCGUCAGGGACCCCCUGGGCCCCCUGGACCCCCGGGUCCCCCAGGGCCCCCUUCCUUUCCUGGCCCUUACCGGCAAAGUUUCUCUCCUACAGCCAUCAGUGUUCCUGGCCCCCCAGGCCCACCUGGGCCCCCUGGGCCCCCUGGAACCAUGGGCACGUCCUCCGGGCAGGUGAGGAUCUGGGCCACGUACCAGACCAUGCUGGACAAGGUGCCUGAGGUGCCGGAGGGCUGGCUCAUCUUCGUGGCCGAGAGGGAGGAGCUGUACGUCCGGGUCCGUGGCGGGCUGCGGAAGGUCCUGCUGGAGGCACGGACGCCACUCCCACGUGGGAUGGACGAGGUGGCCGCCUUGCAGCCCCCUGCGGGCAACCCAUACCCCCGGCGGGAGCUCACCCACUCCACGGUGCGGCCCUGGCGGGCAGAUGACAUCCUGGCCAGCCCCCCGCGUCUGCCGGACCCCCAGCCCUACCCUGGGGCCCCACACCAUGGCUCCUACCGGCACUUCCAGCCGGCUCGCCCCACCGGCGGGCCCACCCACAGCCACACCCACCAGGACUACCAGCCGGUGCUGCACCUGGUGGCCCUGAACAGUCCCCAGCCGGGUGGCCUGCGUGGCAUCCGAGGGGCCGACUUCCAGUGCUUCCAGCAGGCGCGCGCUGCCAGGCUGCCUGGCACCUUCCGCGCCUUCCUGUCCUCGAGGCUGCAGGACCUCUACAGCGUGGUGCGCCGAGCCGACCGCACCGGCGUGCCCAUCGUCAACCUCAGGGACGAGGAGCUGUUCCCCAGCUGGGAGGCCUUGUUCUCAGGCUCCGAGGGCCAGCUGAAGCCUGGGGCCCGCAUCUUCUCUUUCGACGGCAGAGACGUCCUGCAGCACCCGGCCUGGCCCCAGAAGAGCGUGUGGCACGGCUCGGACCCCAGCGGGCGCCGGCUGACCGACAGCUACUGUGAGACGUGGCGGACAGAGACUGCGGGCGUCAUGGGCCAGGCGUCCUCCCUGCUGGCCGGCCGGCUGCUGGAGCAGAAGGCCGUGAGCUGCCACCAUGCCUUCAUCGUGCUCUGCAUCGAGAACAGCUUCAUGACCUCCUCCUCCAAGUAGGGGCUCCGCCGGCUCGGACGGACGGGACGGACGGAUGGGCCGGACGGGCGGCCUGACGGCCCACUGGGAGGCCAGGAGACAGAAGCACCAGGCAGGAGCACCCCUCCCCCCCCAGGGUGGGGACCCGGCUGGGACACUUUCUUGUAUGGCUCACGUGUAAUGUAACCCUCAAGAAAUAAAAGGAAGCCAAAGAGUG